GACGAGUUCGCGACGAAGGUCAAGGAGCUCUACGCCAGCGACCCCGCGAAGGUGCGAUUCGUGCUCAAAUACAAGCACCACGAGGGCACCAUGACCCUGCGCGCAACGAACGACGAGCUGUGGCUCAUCUACAAGACGGACCAGGCCGCCGAGUUCCGACGACUCGAGGCGCUCCAGCUCUGGCUCAUGGCCGCCAUGUGCGGCAGCGACGUCGAGGCGCUCACCGCCGAGUCCGAG